UGUGUCGGUUUCCCAUGUUGCUCUUCUUUAUCAUUUACCUAGUUAAACCCGAAAACCAUAACCAAUGACUUCGACUUGAGAAAUUAGACAGAGACGAAAGGAGUGUGAAGAACGAUGGAAGGUGUGAAAUUGGAGGACAGAUGGGGAUACCAGGUUGCAACUUCUUCUCAGGCCUGCGUUUCAGCCAUCAACUCCUACUACCAUCAGGUUCUCAUCUAUGGUAGAGAGAGGUCUGUGAUUCUGGAAGCAGUGGCACAUGACAAACACUGUGUCUUGGCCAACAUCUUGGCAGCACAUUUCCUUUACUCCUCUGGUUCUUCUCGUGCUCUCACUUGUCUUCAUGCCGCUAAGUCCCACCUUGAACAUGCCACCUUGUACGAGAAACUAGUUUUCGAUGCCAUCAGUUAUAUGCUAUCUGAAGAUAGAGACGAUGAUGUAGCUGUUGAAUUGCAUUCUAAGCUUCUAAAGGAGUUCCCAAGAGAUCUGCUUUCUCUAAAGAGAGCACAAGUCUUAUGCUUCUACAUGGGUCUGCCUGGUCUUUCUUUAUCUCUUAUUCAGCAGAUUCUGCCUCACAAUGAAGGAGAAAAUUAUAUAUAUGGCAUGCUUGCUUUUCCUUUGUUGGAGCUUGGACGGAUGGAGGAAGCUGAGGAAGCUGCCAAAAGGGGAUUUGAAAUCAAUAAGCAAGACUGCUGGUCACAGCAUGCUUUAUGCCAUGUCCUUCAGUAUAAGUGCUGUUUUAGAGAAGCUGUUAAGUUCAUGGAAGAAUGUUCAUCAUCAUGGGGUUCUUCUUCAUCUUUUAUGUUGACACACAAUUGGUGGCAUGUAGCACUUUGUUACUUAGAAGGUAAUGCUCCGAGACAAAGAGUGCUAGAGAUAUAUGACAAUUAUAUAUGGAAGGAGCUAGAAAGAAAUGAUUCUAUGAGUGCAGACGUUUACUUAAAUGCCGCGGCUCUGCUUUUGCAGUUGUAUGUACGUGGUGAAUUGGAUAUUGUUGGUGAUCGUCUCAAGAUUCUAUCAGAAUGCCUAACUAAUCAAGAAAACUGGUAUAUGGAAUGGCACUUUGAUGUAUUGAUAGUGUGGACUUUGGCAAAGACCGGAGAAAUUUCUAAAGCAGAAGAUCUUCUAAAGGGCUUAAAAAACAGGCUUUUGAGGAUGACUAAAAAGAAGCAACAACGAAUGCAGAGAGGAAUGAUGCUUGCAGAAGCACUCUACGCUUAUGGAAGAGAUGACGACAAUCGUGGACUGGAACUACUUGAUCCAAAUUUUGAUGCCACUGAUUACAAGAUCAUUGGGGCAUCUGAUGAACAAGUCGACGUAUUCAAUGAAGUUUGGUAUAACAUGUUGCUGAAUACUGGAAAACCGUUGAAGGCAAUUGAAGUGUUAGAGAAGCAAAUCAAGAAGAGAGAUGGCGUCCCCUACUUGUGGCGUCUACUAGAGAGGGCAUACAAACUAGCUAACAAAGAAGAAGAAGAAAGAAUUGCGAACGAGAAGGCCACGGCUUUGGAGAGUCGUUACUUCAAUUAAGGGAAUAAUCAUAUAAUCAAAUCAUGUGUGUACAUUUUACCAUUGCAAAACCCAAUCUUUCAUUGGGUAAAAUAAUCAUUUUAACGUUGAUGCCCUCAUCAAAAAAGCUUCUUUCUUGCAAGACUUUUUAACCAACUUCACCAAUAUAGAACCUCCCCUUCACCAUUA